AUUAAACAAGCGCAACAACUCUUGUUUGGUCUUGUAGAUGUAGCAAAACAGCUCUCUUUAUUCAAUUGAAUGAAGCUUUGACAAUCACACGACCAGAUUGGGUUGUUUCCCCAUCAGGGGGCCACACAAGAGGUGGCUGCUAUAGGAUCUUCUUCAGCAAGUACUGCUUUCCUUGUUUUAAAGGAGAAAGAAAAUAAGACACACUAUUGUUUUUUUCUGUGUGAAGACUUUUCUUUCUCCCUUCUCACAAUCUGUAACAAUCACUGGCAACUUCUAAGAUCAUAUCAGUGAUUGUGAGAAGCUUAAGGCUUAACAGCUCCAGUAGUAGUAGCUGCUUCAAGCAAAACUAAGUUCAAUUCCAAUGGAGUUAACUCCAAGAGGAAGAACCCAAGGCCAUGUGUUGACCUUUGAGAGAGAUGCAGAUUCCUUUGUGGAGGAAGAUAAGGAGCUUCAGUCCAAGUGGGCUGCUAUAGAGAAACUACCUACUUUCAAAAGGAUUAAGACUUCUUUUGUUGAUGUCAGUCAGGAGGAGGGUGCAAGCAGCAGCAGCAGCAGCACUGUCAUCACGUUGAGAAGCGGCAGCAAAAGGGUGGCUGAUGUUUCCAAGCUUGGAGCUGUGGAAAAGCGUUUGUUCAUUGACAAGCUCAUCAAGCACAUUGAGAAUGAUAACCUCCAACUGCUGCAGAAACUUAGAGAAAGGAUGGACAGAGUCAAUGUGAAGUUACCUACUGUGGAGGUCAAGUACAAGAACCUGAAUGUAAGAGCAGAAUGUGAGGUUGUUCAAGGGAAGGCAUUGCCAACUCUAUGGAACUCUUUUUCUAGCUCACUUUCUGGUUUCAUGAAGAAUAUAUCGUGUACUUCUCAAGGGGCAGAGAUAAGCAUUCUGAAUGAUGUCAGUGGCAUCAUAAAGCCAUCAAGGCUUACUCUUCUUCUCGGUCCACCAGGGUGUGGGAAAACGACUUUGUUAAAGGCACUGGCUGGAAAAUUAGAGCAAUCUCUCAAGUUUUCUGGAGAAAUCUCUUACAAUGGCUACAAGCUAGAUGAAUUUGUUCCCCAAAAAACAUCUGCUUACAUAAGCCAAUAUGACCUGCACGUUCCAGAGAUGACAGUGAGAGAAACAAUCGACUUUUCAGCACGCUGCCAAGGUGUUGGAGGCAGAGCUGAUCUAGUGGCUGAAAUCAGCAGGAGAGAAAUAGAAGAAGGGAUCAUCCCUGACCCAGAUAUUGAUACCUAUAUGAAGGCAAUUUCAGUUGAAGGACAAAGCGAAAAUCUUCAAACAGAGUAUGUUUUAAAGAUUCUCGGACUGGAUAUCUGUGCUGACAUACUGGUAGGUGAUGCACUAGAUAGAGGCAUUUCAGGUGGACAGAAGAAAAGGCUAACUACUGGAGAAAUGAUUGUGGGUCCUAUAAAAGCUCUUUUUAUGGAUGAAAUAUCAACUGGCUUGGACAGCUCCACAACCUUUCAAAUAGUUACAUGUCUCCAGCAAUUGGUGCACAUCACAGAUGCAACUGCAGUGCUUUCACUCCUUCAGCCAGCACCAGAAACCUAUGAGUUAUUUGAUGAUCUUAUAUUAAUGGCAGAGGGGAAGAUAGUAUACCAUGGCCCCCGAAGCCAAGCACUCCAAUUUUUUAAGGAUUGUGGUUUCUGGUGCCCAGAAAGAAAAGGAGUGGCAGACUUUCUUCAAGAGGUAAUCUCUAAGAAGGAUCAAAGGCAAUACUGGUACCGCACUGAUAUUCCUUACAAAUAUGUUUCAGUGGAUGAAUUCUCUCAAAUAUUCAAAUCAAGUUAUUGGGGGAGAAUGUUAAAUGAUGAGCUCUCACGGCCAGAUGAUAAAUCAGAGUCCCAUAAAAAUGCUUUAUCAUUUAGCAAGUACUCCUUGGGAAAAUUGGAUUUGUUUAAAGCUUGUAUGAAGAGAGAGAUUCUUCUCAUGAAACGGAACUCAUUUAUCUAUGUAUUUAAAACUGCACAGCUAACAAUCACAGCUAUCAUAACAAUGACAGUCUUCAUACGUACUCAGCGGGCUGUGGACUUGAUAGGUGCAAACUAUUUAUUGGGUUCAUUGUACUAUACACUUGUCCGCCUCAUGACUAAUGGGGUUGCAGAGUUAAUCAUGACUAUUACUAGACUCCCUGUUGUUGAUAAGCAGAAGGAAUUCUAUCUCUAUCCAGCUUGGGCAUACUGCCUUCCAUCGGCCAUUCUAAAGAUUCCAUUUUCAGUUCUUGAUUCUAUAGUUUGGACAUCAGUAACAUAUUAUGUUAUAGGCUACAGCCCUGAAAUAACAAGGCAAGUACUUUGUUUAAUUUCAUGCACACACAAAAUAGCCUACUUUUCUUUUACUUUGCAAAGUUUUUCUUAUCUCUCUCUCUCUUAUGGGAUUAGGUUCCUCCGCCAGUUUCUUUUGUUGGUCACUUUGCAUAUGUCAUCAACUUCCAUGUGUCGUUGUCUUGCUUCAGUUUUCAAAACUGAUGUUGCAGCUACAACUGUUGGUUCCUUGGUCUUAGUACUGAUGUUCUUGUUUGGAGGCUUUAUUCUUCCUCGGCCAUCACUACCACGGUGGUUGAGGUGGGGAUUUUGGCUUUCUCCCAUGUCAUAUGGGGAAAUAGGAAUAACACUAAAUGAAUUUCUUGCUCCUCGCUGGCAAAAGAUCCAAGAGGGAAAUAUCACUGUAGGGAGGGAGGUUCUUAGGAGUCACGGUUUAGAUUUUGACAGCCACUUCUAUUGGCUAUCAGUUGGAGCCCUACUUGGUUUCACCAUACUAUUUGAUUUUGGAUUUGUCUUGGCAUUAUCAUACAUAAAACAGCCUAAGAUGUCUCGAGCUUUAGUCUCAAAAAAGAGGCUCUCUCAACUAAGGGAACGAGAAACAAGCAAUAGUGUGGAACUAAAGUCAGUUACUGUUGAUAUUGGCCACACACCAAGGGAAAAUCAAAGCACAGGGAAAAUGGUCUUGCCCUUUGAGCCACUGUCAAUAGCAUUUAAGGACGUCCAGUAUUUUGUUGACAUUCCUCCGGAGAUGAAAAAACAUGGUUCUGAUGAGAAAAGGCUACAAUUGCUCUGUGAUAUCACAGGAGCAUUUAGGCCAGGAAUUCUCACUGCACUGAUGGGGGUCAGUGGAGCAGGAAAGACAACUUUGAUGGAUGUUCUUUCAGGAAGAAAAACUGGAGGUAUCAUUGAAGGAGAUAUAAGAAUUGGAGGAUACCCCAAAGUGCAAAAGACAUUUGAAAGAGUUUCAGGUUACUGUGAGCAGAAUGACAUACAUUCUCCAUAUAUAACCGUUGAAGAAUCUGUCACAUACUCAGCUUGGUUACGGUUGCCAACAGAAAUUGAUUCUGUCACAAAAGGGAAAUUUGUUGAAGAAGUCCUUGAAACAAUUGAACUUGAUUAUAUAAAGGAUUGUUUAGUUGGCAUCCCUGGUCAAAGUGGCUUGUCUACCGAACAGCGUAAAAGACUAACCAUUGCAGUGGAGCUGGUUUCCAAUCCAUCAAUAAUAUUCAUGGAUGAACCUACAUCUAGUUUGGAUGCUCGAGCAGCUGCAGUUGUUAUGCGUGCAGUGAAGAAUGUUGUUGCCACUGGCAGGACGACAGUUUGCACUAUACACCAACCAAGCAUCGACAUAUUUGAGACUUUUGAUGAGUUGAUUCUAAUGAAAUCUGGAGGACGGAUUAUUUAUAGCGGAAUGCUAGGCCAUCAUUCAAGUAGACUGAUUGAAUAUUUUCAGAAUAUACCUGGGGUGCCAAAGAUCAAGGACAAUUAUAAUCCUGCAACCUGGAUGUUGGAAGCUACCUCUGCAUCUGUAGAAGCAGAACUUAAAAUAGAUUUUGCACAAAUAUAUAAAGAGUCCCACCUUUGCCGGGAUACCCUUGAAUUGGUGAGAGAGUUGAGUGAACCACUGCCAGGUUCAAAAGAUUUGCACUUUUCAACUCGCUUCCCACAAAAUAGUUUGGGACAGUUCAUGGCAUGCCUUUGGAAGCAACACUUGUCUUAUUGGAGAAGUCCUGAGUACAACUUAACACGUUUCAUUUUCAUGAUUGUUUGUGCAAUCAUAUUUGGAGCAGUAUUCUGGCAGAAAGGGAAAAAAAUAAACAAUCAGCAGGAUUUGUUCAACGUACUUGGAUCAAUGUAUAUUGCUGUAAUAUUCUUGGGUCUAAAUUACUGUUCAACAAUUCUACCAUAUGUGGCUACUGAGCGUGCUGUCUUGUAUCGAGAAAAAUUCGCUGGAAUGUACUCUUCCACAGCUUAUUCAUUUGCACAGGUGGUCAUUGAAAUACCAUAUAUCUUGGUGCAAUCAAUUUUAUAUGUGGCUAUCACAUAUCCAAUGAUAGGUUUCCAUUGGUCAGUUCAGAAAGUGUUUUGGUACUUCUACACCACAUUCUGUACAUUUUUAUACUUUGUAUAUCUUGGAAUGAUGGUAAUGUCGAUGAGCUCAAAUCUCGAUAUAGCUUCUGUAUUGUCGACUGCAGUCUACACCAUAUUCAAUCUCUUUUCUGGAUUCCUCAUGCCAGGACCGAAAAUUCCUAAAUGGUGGAUUUGGUGCUACUGGAUUUGUCCUACUGCUUGGUCCUUGAAUGGCCUCCUAACUUCACAAUAUGGAGACAUAGAGAAGGAGGUACUUGUAUUCGGGGAACGAAAAUCAGUUGGUUCCUUUUUAAGAGAUUACUAUGGGUUCCGGCAUGACAGAUUAAGCCUCGUGGCUGUGGUGCUCAUUGUUUACCCAAUUGUUUAUGCCUCUCUGUUUGCCUAUUUCAUAAAGAAAAUGAAUUACCAAAAGAGAUAAGAUAGACACAGACACAGACACACAUUGGAUCUUCAGCAGUAUGGUGGCUUUAAUUUUCAUGUAUAGAAAUAUAGAAAUAUGUGGCUGUGGCUACAUGGAUUAGCAAGAUCUGUACUGCAAGGUGUUUAUAUAUAAUAUUCAGAUUUGUUUUAUAGUUCUGUUGUUGGUACUGUAGACCCUGAGGUGCUUACAAACAAACAUGUCAACAAGUGAGAUAGGUUUAUGGGACUUAAAGUCCAGUUAUUUUUUCAGAAAAAAGCUAGUUAUGCAGUGAUAAAGAAUAUUCAAGUUGUAUAAGUUAAAAUAACACCUUUUCAUUAAUAAAACUGAGGGCUUAAAAAA